CGUCAAUGGCUGGGAGAGAGGGUAAGAGUAGACAGAAGCCCGGGGUGUUCUUGGAGCUCAUCCUAACGCUCCAAAGUGACCAGGUACAGCAAGACGACGCCUGCGCAAAACGACCACAAACUCAAACGCACAGGGAAUGACUGGCGGAGGGUGGAGCCGUUGAGUCGCAAAACAAACAAGCCCCGCGAGCUUUCGAGGACCCGGAUGAUCCCGCCCCGAAAGGAAAGCCGGAAGAGGGCGGGACGGACCGGAAGAAGGUGAAAUGCUUUCGGUAGACACUCCAUGGUUGUGAAGAUGGCGGUGGCUGCGUGGCUUCAGGUGCUGCCUGUCAUUCUUCUUCUUGGGGCUCAGCCGUCCCCAUGGUCACUUUUCGGUGUAGGACCGGGGACCGUCUCUGCUGCCGAUCGAUCCAAGUGGCACGUUCCGAUACCGUCGGGGAAAAAUUAUUUUAGUUUUGGAAAGAUCCUCUUCAAAAAUACCACUAUCUUCCUGAAAUUUGAUGGAGACUCUUGUGCUCUAUCUUUGAAUGUAACCUGGUAUCUGAAAAGUGCUGACUGUUACAACGAAAUCUUCAACUUUAAGCCAGAAGAAGUAGAGACGUAUUUGGAAAACCUUAAGGAAAAAAGAGGCUUGUCUGGGAAAUAUCAAACGUCAUCAAAAUUGUUUCAGAACUGCAGUGAACUCUUUAAAACACAGAGCUUUUCUGGCGAUUUUGUACGACUGCCUCUUUUAGGAGAAAAACAGGAGGCUAAGGAGAACGGAACAAAUCUUACCGUUAUUGGAGAUAAAUCUGCAAUGCAUGAACCAUUGAAAACUUGGCAAGAUGCACCAUACAUUUUUAUUGUACAUAUUGGUAUUUCAUCUUCAAAGGAAUCAUCAAAGGAAAAUUCACGAAGUAAUCUUUUUACCAUGACUGUUGAAGUCAAGGGUCCCUAUGAAUACCUCACUCUUGAAGACUAUCCAUUGAUGAUUUUUUUCAUGGUGAUGUGUAUAGUAUAUGUCCUGUUUGGUGUUUUGUGGCUGGGCUGGUCUGCCUGCUACUGGAGAGAUCUCCUGAGAAUUCAGUUUUGGAUUGGUGCUGUGAUCUUCCUGGGAAUGCUUGAGAAAGCUGUAUUCUAUGCAGAAUUUCAAAACAUCAGAUACAAAGGAGAAUCUGUCCAAGGUGCCCUGAUCCUUGCAGAGCUGCUUUCAGCAGUGAAACGCUCAUUGGCUCGAACCUUGGUCAUCAUAGUCAGUCUGGGCUAUGGCAUAGUCAAGCCUCGCCUUGGAGUCACUCUUCACAAGGUUGUGGUAGCAGGAGCCCUCUAUCUUUUGUUCUCUGGCAUGGAAGGGGUCCUCAGAGUUACUGGGUAUUUUUCUUAUACCUUGGCUUUGAUAGUAAACGUGACCCUCUCAGCAGUUGAUGCCUGUAUUAUUUUAUGGAUAUUUAUUAGCUUGACUCAAACAAUGAAGCUAUUAAAACUUCGGAGGAACAUUGUAAAACUCUCUUUGUACCGACAUUUCACCAACACGCUUAUCUUGGCAGUGGCAGCGUCUAUUGUGUUUAUCAUCUGGACGACCAUGAAGUUCAGGAUAGUGACUUGUCAGUCGGACUGGCGAGAGCUGUGGGUAGACGAUGCCAUCUGGCGGUUGCUGUUCUCCAUGAUCCUCUUUGUCAUCAUGGUUCUAUGGCGACCAUCUGCAAAUAACCAGAGGUUUGCCUUUUCACCAUUAUCUGAGGAAGAGGAGGAGGAUGAGCAAAAGGAACCUAUGCUGAAAGAAAGCUUUGAAGGAAUGAAAAUGAGGAGUACCAAACAAGAACCGAAUGGAAAUAGUAAAGUGAACAAAGCAGAAGAUGAUUUGAAGUGGGUAGAAGAAAAUGUUCCUUCUUCUGUGACAGAUGUAGCACUUCCAGCCCUUCUGGAUUCAGAUGAGGAACGAAUGAUUACACACUUUGAAAGGUCCAAAAUGGAGUAAAGAUUGGGGAUAUUUGCAGUUGAAGAUGGCUAAUAUCAGGGAAGAGAUCAGCUUCUGUGUCAGGUUUCUACGACUGUUCCACGGAGUUAAAGGAGGCAAUGACAUCCUGAUCUGUUCCUUGAUCAUUUGCAUUGGAGCUGGCGAGAGAUGUCAGAACAAGGAGAACAUUGUUGAAAACAAGUUCAUAGGAUGAGAAAAACCUACAAGUUUCCUAUAUACAGCAUUGAUGCCUCUUUCCCUCUCAUACUCUGACAUGGAUGUUUAUGCAACUUACGUGUGUUGUUCCUGAACCUUCUAUAAUGUUUCAGUUGUUUAAUCUGUCAAACUAAAAAAUUUAACAUCUUCUAAAGGACGAUGACAUCAAGACCAUAAUAUGUAAUCUCCAGGAGCAACUGCCUAUGAUUUUUAUUUAUUUAGGGAGUUUAGUAGGUGAUAGGAGGAAAUUGUUAAUUGUCUUUUCAGUUUCCUGGCAAGCCAGGGUUUACAACUUGCAGAGGUAGUUUUCAGAAUAAAGGGCCCUUCUGAGUUAAAGAGCCAUGUUUCUAACAGUGAUUAAAAGAAGAAAAGAGAGCGAGACAGAGAAAGUGUUACAGUGUGAUUCAGAUGAUCUUAAAAAAGCAAAAUCAAGUGCAAUUUUGUUUACAAAUGGUGUAUAUUAAAGAUUUUUCUAUUUCAGAUGUAAUUUAGAGAGAAAUAUUAGCUUAACUCUUUCGACAUCUGCUAUUGUGACACAUCCCAUUGCUGGCAAUGUGGUGCAAGUGCACACUCCAGGACUUUUAACUACUGUUUUGUAAGCCUCCAAGGGCAGCACUGUGGUGUCGUAGGCAAUGCCAUUCACUGUAGGUCCAGAGAGGCACUCCCAUCUAGGUGCUUAUGAGUGAGCACCCUGCUAGAGGGACUGUAAUGCUUUAGAAAUGGGAACUUACUACAAAGGAAACAGGUCUUUCUGGCUUAAUUUAAAAUUAUCCCUGCAUAAGAUGGUGUGGAGGCCCUGGACUGCUGCUCAUUCUGUAGGAUUGACUGUCCUCGUAGAUAGUGUUGGUUAAUAAACUGUUUAUAAGAGGCAUCACAAGGUGAUGGGAUUCAUUUGAAACAUUGUAUUUCUGUUUUAAUGGUUUUAUCCAGUUUUGGCUUCCCAAGAUUUUUGUUCUACAUAAAAAGUUCAUGCCACUUUUUAAUAUAAAAAAUUUUAACAAAAUGAUAUUUUUUCUCAUUUUUUUCACACUAUUCUCUAACGAUCCUUCUUUCUCCCAAAUUCCUUCUUGAGGAAAUUUUCCUUCCAUGACUUUUAUUCUAGGUAGUCCUAUUUUCCGUAGAAUCCAAUGACCGACAACAUUAACUAAUGUCCUAACUCAUACUCUAGUGAAAGUGUUAACAUUUUAUGUAGCAUUUCUCUAUAACUUUCUGUUUGAUGGUUAUUUUUUAAAAAAGUCACCUAGGUUAUAUCUCUAAGGAACAAACAGUGUGAAGAACUGACUGUAUUCUCAGCCAAAGGCUGGUGUUAUUGUCAUGUAUACUUCUGCUGUUGCAUAUUCUAACUUAGCAAGUGAAUAAUAGUUAUAAUGCCAUAGGAGAGUUGGUUCAAAUAUUUUUUGAGGCUGGUAAAUGUUGACUUGAGACUAGGAAAAAAACCUACUAUGUCAAAUAGGUUUGAAUGGUACAACUUCUAUAGUUUUCUCUCAGGGCAUUCUUAUGGAUAUAGCGUCGUAUCACUUCUUAGGACAGGUUCAGAAGGAAUUUAUAGUCUCACUUUGACCUAUUACCUUCGAGUUUACAUUGUUUACAUAGGUCUUGGCUUUUGAGCCUGGAACUAAAAGGUGUUAGGCUUUCUUCCAGAACAGUAGCUGGCAAUUCUAAAUUUUCAAGAAGGCGAUCAACUAUGAUGAAAAUCAGCCAUAACAAGAUUUGUUUAGCAUUCUCUGCCUUUCUCACUACUUGAAAAUAUGUUAUUUGAUUCUCACAAACAGUAUUUGGUAAUGAUGGGAUAGGUAUUCCUGAUGUACAGAUAAAGAAACUGACAUUGUGUACAAAUAAAGUGCACCAGUACCGGUUUUCUGACUUCAUAUCAUAGACUACCACCCUUUUUUCUUUUCACAUUUUGCUUUAAUCCCAAAUGCUUAAUUUUGUCUUGUGCCUGCCGUUUUCUUCAGGGGAAAUUGCCAGUUACAGAUCAUUCUUGCAGCUCAGACUUAGUUUUGUUGUUGUUGUGCUUGUUUCCUUAAGUCUCCAGGGGGAAUACCUCAUACUGCACAGGACCAAUAGGAGGAAAGAGCUAUGUCCCUUACCAUCUUAAAAGGACUAUCAGGAUGUAAGACAAAGCUUGAGAGUCAAACUGGUGAGAAUAGGAAGAGCAAUUUAAAAAGCGGUUUAUGUUACUGAAUCCCAAGGGUUACUGAAUCAACUCUUGUUACUCAAAAUGUGAUCCAAAGACCAGUAGCAUCAAAAACACCUGAGAGCUUGUUAGAAUUGCUCAGUGAGGGCCUUACCCUGAGCCUCCUCAAUCAAUCUACAGUUUAACAAGAUCUCCAGGUGAUUUGUAUGCACAUUAAACU